CAUGAAACACAUGCUGGGAAACUGGUCCGAGAGGCUGAGCAGCUGCAGAAGGAGCAUGUGUGGAAAGACGGCGUGACGGAGAAUGCCAUUUCAUACUACGAUUCGAAAGCGGAUUCAGACUAUCAGACAGAGGACGGAGAGGAGGAAGCUCCGCUGGAGACCUCGUCCUCUCUGGAGCUGGAGUUUGUCGACGAUCCAAAUUUUAAAAACAAGGUCAACUACUCCUCCAGUGCCGUCCAGAUUCCCACAGAUAUAUACAAAGGCUCGCCUGUGAUCCUGAACGAGCUCAACUGGACGCAGGCUCUGGAGCGAGUCUUCAUUGAAAACCGGCGAGAGGACAGCUCUCUGCGCUGGCAGGUGUUCGGCAGCGCCACGGGCGUGACGCGGUACUACCCAGCCACUCCUUGGAGGGCGCCCAACAAGAUUGACCUUUACGACGUUCGCAGAAGGCCAUGGUAUAUCCAAGGUGCAUCGUCUCCAAAGGACAUGGUCAUCAUUGUAGAUGUGAGCGGCAGCGUCAGCGGACUCACUCUAAAGCUCAUGAAAACCUCCGUCAUGGAGAUGCUUGACACGCUAUCAGACGAUGACUAUGUCAAUGUGGCAAAGGAGAGCAGUGCCCCGAGGGCCAACUGCAAUAAGAUGAUAAUGAUGUUUACAGAUGGCGGCGAGGAUCGUGCUCAGGAAAUCUUUGAGAAGUAUAACUGGCCCAACAAAACUGUUCGAGUUUUCACCUUCUCAGUUGGGCAGCAUAACUAUGAUGUCACCCCUUUGCAGUGGAUAGCAUGUGCUAAUAAAGGUUACUACUUUGAAAUACCAUCAAUUGGAGCCAUCAGAAUCAACACACAGGAAUACCUGGAUGUCCUGGGACGUCCCAUGGUGCUGGCUGGGCCUAAAGGUAAACAGGUGCAGUGGACCAAUGUCUACCAGGAUGCUCUGGGUUUGGGGCUUGUCAUCACAGGAACGAUGCCAGUUUUCAACCUCACUGCAGAUAGUGCUAGCUCUCAGAAUCAGCUCAUCCUUGGGGUUAUGGGAGUAGAUGUUGCAAUUAAUGAAAUCAAGAAGAAGACUCCAACAUACAGACUUGGGGCCAAUGGCUACACAUUUGCUACCGACCCAAACGGUUACGUGCUGCUGCAUCCUAACCUAAGACCCAAGAUCAUUAACUUCAGGGAGCCUGUCACUCUGGACUUUCUGGAUGCAGAACUAGAAGAUAGCAACAAGGAGGAGAUCCGUCGACAGAUGAUUGAUGGCAAAUCGGGGCAAAGAAAAAUCAAGACGCUCAUUAAGUCAGUUGAUGAGAGAUACAUCGACGAGGCCAUGCGAACGUACACAUGGACGCCCGUAGAAGGUACAAACUACAGUUUAGGGUUGGUACUGCCCACAUAUAGUGAGAACCAUGUCAAGGCCAACCUAAGUGACCAGAUCCUUCAGGUGCAGUUCUCAUACAUCAAGGAUUUUGAAUCUCUGCUGCCAAACAGUUUUGAGUCUGAAGGCCAUGUAUUCAUUGCUCCCAGGGAGUACUGCAAUGAUCUCGAACUUUCCAACAACAACACCGAUUUCCUGCUCAACUUCAUUGCCCUGAUGGAGAAGGUGACGCCAGACUCCAAGCAAUGUGACAGUUUGCUCCUUCACAAUCUGAUUCUGGACACUGGCAUCAUCCGGCAGCUGGUCGAAAAAGUGUGGAAGAAUAAAGACUUAAAUACAUACGGCUUCCUGGCUGUGUUUGCUGCAACAGAUGGAGGCAUAACAAGAGUCUUUCCAAACAAAGCUGCAGAAACCUGGGAGGAAGACCCAGAGCCGUUUAAUGCCAGCUACUACCGCCGUAGCCUUGAUAACAAGGGUUACAUCUUCACAGCACCAUAUCGAUCAGUUGGGGCCGAUCUGUUGAACCCAGAAAACGACACAGUGGGAAUUCUGGUCAGCACAGCUCUGGAUAUCACAAUAGGCGGGAAGACAGUCAAACCUGCAGUUCUUGGAGUAAAGUUAGACCUGGAAGCAUGGACCGAUAAAUUCAAGAUUCUUGCCAGCAACCAUACAGACAGCCGUCAAGGCUCAAAUACGUGUGGACCAAACAGAGGUUGUGAGAUGGACUGUGAAGCUAAUAGUGAUGAUCUCCUGUGCUAUUUAAUUGAUGACGGCGGAUUCCUAAUCAUGUCAAACCAGAAGGAUGACUGGAGCGAGGUGGGCAAAUUUCUUGGUGUCGUUGACCCAAACUUGAUGUACGCUUUGUACAACAAUUCCUUCUACAAGCGCAAGCAGUCGUUUGAUUAUCAGUCUGUGUGUGAACGAGUGCAAAACAGUGAAGCUGGAGCAGCAAGGCGAGGAGUGUUUGUGCCUACGAUUGCAGACUUUGUAAACCUGGCAUGGUGGACAUCAGCUGCUGCAUGGUCCCUGUUCCAGCAGCUUUUAUACGGUUUGGCUUAUCACAGCUGGUUUGUCACAGAUGAGGUGGAGGCAGAAGUCAUAGAGUCAAAAGAGAGGAGCUGCGUGAUGAUCCAAACCCAGUACUACUUCAGUAACCUCAGCAACUCCUACAACAUCCUCCAAGACUGCGGAAACUGUUCCAGGCUGAUUCAUGCCAAGAGGAUAAACAACACCAACUUGCUAUUUGUGGUAGCAGAAAAGCUGCCAUGCAGCUCCUGCGAGAUAGAAGAUCUUUCCCAGGACAAGGAGGAAUUCAAGGAGGAAAAUCCGUGUGAAGAAAUGACGACUGCACGGUAUCGAAAAGGACCUUCCACCUGCUUCGACAGCAACGCAGCUGAGAACACGUCAGACUGUGGAAGAGGUCACUCCUUCCGUCCGCCGCUCUACACCCUCCUGCUCAUUCAGCUGCUGCUGCUUUAUCCAGCUCUCAGCCCCCAUCAUCACUCUCUGUUACAUUAACUUCAUUCUCCUCAUCCUCGCUCCCUUCCCUUAAAAAAACCCUCCAUCCCUCCCGACUCCUCGCCUCCAUACCGGCACCCUGAUGUUGUUUUAGUCAUAGUUAAUUGCGGGACCUCCCGUCGCGGUCAGCUGGAAGCCCGGAGUGUGGCGCCGUCCAUCUCGGACGCUGGACGUUUGUGUCCUCAGCCCGACCAGCCUACAUCUCCAAGCCAAGCUGUCGGUGCAGGACCGUCAAAGCACCCCAGAAAAGAGAAAACAACCCCCUUGUUCUCCAAAUACCACCUUCAUCUAGAUAAGAGAGAGAUCCUGAUACAGGCUGGAGAUUUGGGGCUGACUGUCCGCCCUCCUCCUCCGACGGCCGGACUUCUUCUUCUCCUUCAUCUCAGAGUCUCACCAUCUGCCUCUCGUAAGGCUGUGGACCCUCCAGCCAGCUAUUCCACCAUAGACAAUACUAAGAAAAAAGAGAAAAAAACUCAACAAGUAUUCAAAAUGUCAAGUAUUACCUGCUGAAGUGAUGAGUAUUCCAAACAUGCCGUAUGCUUAGGAUUUAAUUUGAAAAGAAAGUUAAGUGUUAACCUAAAACGCGCUAUAUCUACUUGCCAAAAUGAGAUAUACUUUCACGUGGUCUUAUUUUUGUAGCCAAAAACACAAAGAGGUAACCAGAUUUAGAUUUGCAGCAGCUGAAUUCUGACUCAUUUUGUGCAGCUCUAAUUAGCAGAUUGUUGUUUUUGUUUUUUUUUAAAGAGAAACAAAAGAGAUCCACUGGGGAGCAUUGUUGUAAUUACACGAUAAAAUACCAGGCUUUUCUUGAAGUGUUUAUUAUAGUUUAUCAGUGCUAGCGCUUUCUGGCUCUCAGGCCCCCCGGCUGUAAAAUCUGAAUCAGCUUUCGGUUGCUGCUGGAACAUUGUUGAUGUCGUGUGGUAUUACUCUCUUUUACGAUCAAUCGAACCAUUCUGACCUCGGAAAAAAAGAAGCAGAAGAAAAAAACUCACCUCUUAUAGAAAAAGUACUUCACCAACGCUCCGAAUCACAGUUGUCGUGUGUUUGUGGUUUACUCGUGUCAAAAUCAAAGCCUUUCUUUGGGACGGGCCAGUCAUGUCUAAUUUUACCUUUGACUGACACUGUUUAAUCUUUAAAACCAUCCGCUGCUGGGGGAUAGGGGCUUAUUUUGAUUUUCCAUCUUUAGCGCAGUAGGAGCCACUAAAUAUGGUGAUCACGUACAGUAGUAGUCACAGUUUGUCCUUUAGCCAUUGCAAUGUAUGGAUUUUCUUUAUAAUAAUAAUUGUUUUCUUUCAGACUCCCGCGUUUAGGAGCUGUUUCAUAGUGCCUUUACGCACUUUGUUUUGGCUGUAUAAGAGUGAAGCUACUGUAUAGUACCUGUAGGCCAUGUUUGAGGCUUGGGACGCUGCAGGAGACUGAAUCUGUCGGCUGACGCUGUAGAACUAGCUUUACACUGAGCCGCCGCGCUGACCGGCUCCGCUUAACGUCCUUUACCCCCUCCAGAGCCUCCGGUCCGCCGUCACACGGGGAUUACUAUACAGUUCCUUUACAAAACCAUGUAUAGAGCUAUGAUACACUAUUGAUAUACAGCGAGUUAACUGGCCAUAGUGUGUUCUUAGGGCCACCUGACUGCUAUCGUUCUGCCUGGUUUGUGUGCGUUUGUGGACGUGUGCGUAUGUGCGUUUGUUUUCAAAGCCCCCGAAAGGAUCUUCGGUUCGGUGAGCGGGUUUGGAGGCGGGGGUAAUAUUUGAGCUAGAACAGCUGUUUCUUACUGUUUCUGUGUGGCAGCAGACAAAAUCUAGUGUUGUGGUGGAGAAAUAAACUAAAAGAUCCACCUAUUACUCCGGUCGUGAGUUUACAUGAAGUCACAGAGCUUCGUCUGCAUAUCUGAUUUGGUAUGAUGAAUUUGAAUAAUUUUUAUAGGGCUGGACAAUAAAUCAAUGACAAUAUAAGUUGUAAUAAACACGUAAUCAGUAUCAAUAGGUAAUACAUCUGAUGGAAUUUCACUGAAAUCUGAUCCAGAACCGCACAGCAUUCUGGGAAUUUAAACAGAGGAUAAGUUUUAGCUACUCAACCUCAAGGAACGCUAAGAAAGAUUUGUGGCAUUUAGUAACUCACUCACUCUUUGGUUACCUAGCAGCAACUUCAGAACUUCUGGUUACCUAGCAACAACCUGUUGAGUAACUUGCGCAGCAGCAGUUUAAGGUUUUGACUUAUAAAUGCUCAGAACAGGAACAGUCACGCCACCAGUUAGGUAGUAUUUAAGAAAUUUAAAACAAAAAAUCUAAUCAAACGUUAUUGAUAUCAAUUGAUAUGAAGCUCUUAUAUCAUGAUGUGUUUUGUCAGCCAUAUUAUUCAGCCCUACAUUCUUAGAAUAAUUACAUAUCACCUCUGUGAUUUUGGAUAAAUAAUAAUUAAAUUUUCUACAAGUACACAAUCUCAAAUGUAUUAUUCUGCUAAAUAUAAUAGUUAGAUAAACAUCUUCUGCAACAUUUUGCAUAAUUCUUCCUAGAAAUGGACUCCUCUUCAUGGCAUUGUUGGUAGGAUUCAGUCAAGCUGAUACAAUGUUGGCUUUUAAACAUAGUCUACGGGAAUCCCAUUCAGAAAGUUUAAUGUAACCCUUCCAAAACAACACCAGGUCCAAGUUUUAACCUUCUCACUAGAUCUGUAAUAAUUUAUUAAAUCUCAGUGAAUUAUCAACAUGGACAAAGAUUUUAACAGCAAAAGAUGGACUUGCCUGUCUACAAGAGUUUGGAUGCCAUGCAUUCAAUCUCUUCUUCUCAGAAACAAAAGUAUCCGUUUGGGUGAACCUUCAUUGUCCUUUGUGCUCACUAUUGAUCUAGAUCUUAGUUACCAAGAUGUUAAAGCCCAUAAAGCAGAUGAAGAACAAUUCCUUUUUCUUCCAUGGAUGACCCACUAAAGCUUAAGCCUAUGAUAAACUUGAAGAUGCUACACCAAUGUAGCUGCUUGGAUCAGCAAGAAUCUCUAGCUCCAAAACUGAAACCUUCAAGCUAAAAAAACUAGGUAUGUUCAGGAACUUAGUUUGUGUGGUCAGAUAAGACAAAUACUGAACAAUUUGGCUUCAGUGACAGGAAGUACUUUUUUGAGGAAGCGAAGUAAAGCUAUUAAGGCGUCAUGCUGAGGGGUUCAGUUGCUGCUCUUCAAGAGUACUGAGGCAUUUGCACUUGAACCAAGUCACAAAUACUCGGUAGGAUUUGGUGUUCUUGCAGCGUGCAGCAAUUAUGAAGAGGGACUGCCUCAAAAUUACUUGACUUCAGUAGAAAUCAACAACUAAGUGUCUGAGAAAUUUGAAAUACAUGGAAGUUCCAACAAGACAAAAAUCCCAAUCAGAACCAAAUUUUCAUUGGAUAAAGCUGGUUAGCAAUAAGUUUCUGAAAUGGCAUUGACAUCAAAGUGUGUGAUCUGUGCUUAAAACAAUGGUCUGUGCCAGGAAGCCAACAGUUUAUAAUGAGCUCUACCAAUCCCGCCAAGAGGAAAGGUCAAAUAUUCAACCAGGAAUGGAAGGAACUAGAACUCGAAAAUAUCCAACGUAAACUAAAAUGUUUAAAAAUCACAAAAUUUUCCAGCAAAAAAAGAGAGAAAAUAUUUAUUAAAUCCAUGGGAUAUACACAGAUAGUGUGCAUGUAAACUUCUGACCAGAACUGAUAGGUGCCGCUCUAUUUAAAUGUUGAUGUUGAGGAGGUGAAGAAUGUGUAGUUUUAGUGUUCUUUCAGUGCUGAAUGCAAAAGAGUUAUCAAAGCCGUUUUAGAUGCCUUAGUGUUACUCAGUGAGGAGCUCUGAUUCCCCACUUAAACCCCGUUUCUCAUGGAUAUCCUAACCAAUUCUAAAAUACUCCCUUCGCAGACUUUUCUUAGUGUUAUGCAUUAAGGUGCACUGAGCUCUGGUCUUCUUUUUUUUUUUCAACUUAUUUUUCUCUCCUAAUGAAUUGUUGAUCGAUGCAUGUUUGCAUUAAAAAUGCUUGAGCGCGGGUGGGAGAUUUCCCGUUUUAAAAGCCUCUGACCUUGGAUGUUCACACCCACUCAGAUCUCGCUGUGCAGCUCAGGUGAGAAUGAGUCAUGCAACAGUUUGAACCUUCACCACACACUCUGUACAGUCGUCGGUACUAUUUGAUGUGACAAAUCAUGCUGGCACAGUAACUGCAGCUCAGCUCCUACUAAACCUGAGACAAAAGAAAAAAAAGAAAGAGACUGUUAAAGGAGCUAAAUUUAAAGCUAAGGAGUAUUAUCAAUUGGACUCUUUUGGCAUCUUUUGAUGCCUGAUGCAGUUUUACUUUUCUGGCAUUUGUUUGUCUCUGUCCUGUGCCAUUAAUUCUGUCUGUAAUUCCCUAUUUCCACUGUCUGUAAAUGAACGCUAAACACGUGCCUGUGGAAACGUGCCCCUUGCUACUUCCCCUCUUUUCCAGGAUCCGUACACUAAAUAUGAAAACCUACACUUUGUGCACCUGCACUGAGACGUUGUGCACACACACCUGUAAGCAGACGUGGUAAUGACACUUAUUUGUGCCCAGUUGGGAGACACUGAACCGGUGGGCGGACGGAAGACAGGGACGUCAGUCCGUAGGUGUUUUUUACAGGGUUCCUACCGAUCUCAAAACGUUCAUACUUUUCCUGUUUGUAGUUUUUGCCACAUUGAGGAACAAAACCUCAAAUUACCCAUCAUCUGAAUUUUGAUUUAUCGGUAUUGUAAAAGGCAUUUAAAUGUUUGUUGAGAAAUCUGGACUGAGAUUGUCAGUGUUUUAAAAUCUAUUUAAAUUGAGAGUUGUUCAAUCAGGACUAGAUCAUCCUGUACUAAGUCCAGAGUCUUUAAAGCCGACUCUGAUCUAUAACCUCUUGAUUUAUCGCAGAUGGGUGUCAUGAGGCCUACAAACUUGUAAAAUGGCCCCUUUUUAUGUAUGACUAACUGUGCCUUUAUAUGUUAUUCAAAAUUAAAAAUCAUGAGUCAAAGUUAACAAAUACGCUAACACUUUAUUUGAAGGGAUGUUCAUGAGACUGACAUGUCAUAAACAUGACAUAACACCCGUUACAAACAUGAAGGAGUCUUCAUGAAUGGUUAUGACUGUUGUCAUGACAUGUCAUUCAGUAAAUAAUAAGACUUUAAACACAAAGUUAGACUUUCAAUGCAACUUUUAGUACAACUUUGCAUUAAAAGUGUCAUUAUUUACUGAAUGACACUUCAUGAUAACAGUCAAACAUUAAUGAAGGCUCCUUCAUGUUCAUAACAGAUGUUAUGUCAUAUUUAUAACAUGUCAGUCUUAUGCACACCCCUUCAAAUAAAGUGUUACUACAAAUACCCAUGCUGAGAUGUGGCAAAAGAAAGAUUUAAUAUGAAAAAUAAGCUCUAAACACAUUUUUCUCAGUAAGUAUGCAAUUUUGCAGGAACUAGUGACGUUAAGUUCUCACCAGAUGACAACAUGAACCCAAGUGAUCCACACAUACAAGCCUGCUAAAAUGUGCUAAAGUGAAUUUCAUCCCCUCUACCGUUUUAUCUUUAGAUGGACUUUUCUCCAUUCCUCUAGUCAAAGUUUUUCUCAACCCCUCACCAUGAUGUUACUCAAAACUUCACUGUCGGUCCAGUGAUUCUCCCAGAAUUUGAUCAAGUUUUCCAAAAGCUACGCAGCAUAGAUGCAUAGUUUUCCUUGAGCAGUGGAGUCCUGUACAAUGAGUGUAAUAGAGACGAUAGCUGUUUUGUGUACUCGUUUUUCUUUUCUUCUGUGAAUCAUCCUUAUCUCUUCCUGAAUAUUAUUUUAUCUCUCUGCGACAAUGAUGUGGAUUAGAGUGAAAUAAUUUUCUUUCUACUUUUUGUUCGUGGAUCCAAUGGUGCACUGGAUCAUUUAAAGAUUUAGAAAUGCAGAUGAGAUGUUUCUUAUGCAAUAACGGUAAUGAGAAGACCAUGAAUUAGGCUUAAACCAGAGAAUAUACAUUGGCACCAUCAGGGGGCAGGAUUGCUUUCUGAAAACAGUCAUCAAUACUUGUUCUCUGUGUCUUUAUACUUUUUUCACAUAAUUUCUAAAUUAAUUUGCGUUUGUUUUUUUGUAUGUGUGGAUUAUUUGGAUUCUUACUGACAUGUGGUGCAAAACUUUAGAAAUACAGCUCUGGAAAAAAAUAGCACUGAAUCCUAUUGAAAACCUCGUGGUUAUUCCACCAAAUAUUGAUUUCUGAUCUCUUCUUGAAUUAAAACAUUAAUAUUGUUGUUCCCAAAUGAAUAUAAACUUGUUUUCUUUGCAUUAUUUGAGCCCUGAAAGCACUGCAACUCUUUCCUUAUUUUGAUCAUUUCUCAUUUUCUGCAAAUAAAUACUAAAAUAUUGCUUGGAAUAUCAGAGACAUGCUGUCAGUAGUUCAUAGAAUUAAAAAACAAUCUUCAUUUUAACAUAUACAUAUAAAGAGUAAAAUCAGAGAAACUGAUCAUUUUCAGUGGUAUCUUAAUUUUUCCCAGAGCUGUAUAUUUAGUCAGAAAAUAGGUGAGAUGUUUAGUAGCUUUACAGGAAUCCAGAACUUUAAAUUAUGGAAUAAUUACUUACAUUUUUUAUCAUAGACUGGGAAAAUUCUCAAAUCAAAUCCCAUAAUUUUGCAUCUUUUAUCCAAGAUUGCGUAGGAGCCCUGUUUCUGUGUGUGGGUGUGUUGUCAGAAGAGAGCUCAGGAAGUGGGUCUCCACAGAGCAGCGCGGGCCUGUCAAACUGAGGCUCCCGGACGAAUCCUGCAGCUUCAUCUUUGCGUGAAUCCCGACUGGAAAUAUCUGAUUUCUCUGGUUUGACAGAUUUCCUUUUGCCAAAAACAGAAAAAUAAUAAUAACAAAAAAAAAAAGAAAAAAUAUAUCAAAUUGGACCAGCUUGGGGAUGAGAGGGAGGGAUCAGCUUUAAGAAAUCAAGCAAUGUUUUCAUAAAGAGCGUCCCCCCGCGACCCUCGCUGCCUCUGUGUUGGUGCGUCUCUGUGGGAAAGACGUGCGUAUGUGAUUCUGUAGUCUGUAGUCUGGUGCUAUGUGACCAUGUUUGACAAAGAGUGUGAAAAAACAGCAACAUUUAGAGAAAAAAAGAGUUAAAUCAGUCAAAGUUAAAGUGAUGUUUAAAAAAUUAUAUGUAGGAAAACAGCACUGUUGAUAAGUUUGAGAUCUGACGUCGAAAUGGUUUUCUUCUCCUUUUUUUUGGUUCUGUUUUUGUUUUACUUAUUGUACGUGUGUGUGAGUGUGAAUGUUUGUGUGUGUGGAAGAUUUAGCUCCUUCUCUUUUGGGCACUGGUCCAUGUCGCUCCAUUCUUUUGUACAGAUGAAGCUUAAAAGAAAAAAAAAUAAUGAAACAAAAAGAAGAAGAGGGCAAAAUUUGUAAAAUAUUGUGUCUGUGACUCCUUGUAAAAUAUUUUCAAAUUGUUUAUUACAGAGAAUCAGUUAUUAAAUAAUGUUCAUAUUUUUCACUUCA